ACUAGGUUUUACGUUCUCAUACGCACCCUCCACCGCCGCUGCACAGAAGAUCCAACGCCAUGGAGGUCGCCGUCCCCGCCGUAGUAGAUGAAGUUCAGGAAAAAAGCGGCAGCGAGAUCAUGCUCUUCAACCGGUGGUCUUACGACGGAGUUGAGGUCAGUGACAUUUCUGUGGAGGAUUACAUUACUGCAACUGCUUCAAAGCGCCCAAUCUACAUGCCCCACACUGCUGGGAGGUACCAGGCUCGGCGGUUCAGAAAGGCCCAGUGCCCCAUUGUUGAAAGGCUGACCAACUCCCUCAUGAUGCACGGAAGAAACAAUGGCAAAAAGCUCAUGGCCGUCCGCAUUAUCAAGCAUGCUAUGGAGAUCAUCCACUUGCUAACUGACCAGAACCCAAUUCAAAUCAUUGUUGAUGCUGUCAUCAACAGUGGCCCAAGAGAAGAUGCAACCAGGAUUGGUUCUGCUGGUGUUGUGAGACGCCAAGCAGUUGAUAUCUCACCUCUUCGUCGUGUUAACCAAGCUAUAUACCUCCUGACAACUGGUGCCAGAGAGAGUUCCUUCAGGAACGUCAAAACCAUCGCUGAAUGCCUUGCUGAUGAGCUCAUCAAUGCUGCUAAAGGAUCAUCUAACAGCUAUGCCAUCAAGAAGAAGGAUGAAAUCGAGAGGGUGGCCAAGGCCAAUCGUUAAGAACAUUGAGCAGCAGUUUUGGUUUGGAGUUGUAUCUUAGUAGGAUUGAACAUUAUGGGAUUUUGUGCUUUCUGUCUUCCCUAUCAUAUCUACUGAGUACUCUCAUUUUUUUUAAAAUUUUAAGACCACCGAAAGCUGUUAAAAACGAUUGAGCUAUUUUGGUUUGUUAUAAAUUGUCCCAGUUUAAUUUAA